AGUAGGACUAUGUUAUAGAAUAUGUCCAACUUAAAUAAUAAGGGUUUGUUUUAGUUUAUUUAAAAGAAACAUUUAAUGUCUGUAGUCAUAAAGUGUAACUUAAGUUGCAAGUGAAUUUGGCACUUACUAAAUAAGACGGUAGUUUAUUUGCGUAGAUGACAUUUUGUAGUUUUUUGUGAAAGUUUUUCGGGUAGUGUUUUCUCAAUGAAUCCUUUGAUUAGGGUGUGAUACUUCAAAGUGUGGAUACGAAGUUUUAAGUGUUUAAUAUCAACAGUCGUCAAUGCGAAGCGGAGCGCUCGUGGCAAUGGAGGCGGAGCCCGACCUCAGCACAUUCGAGAACAAGUCAGGACUUGCUGAAGAUAUGAAGUUCCUCGCCUCUAUGCCGGAGCUUUGUGACGUCACGUUCCUUGUCGGUGACACGAGGGAGCCAGUAUGUGCUGUCAAAGCUGUAUUGGCGGCUCGGAGCAGGGUGUUCCAAAAGAUGCUAUAUCAGGCGCCAAGCCCUCAAAGAAAAAAGGAGCCAGCACCAAGAGAGAACAAGCUACGCUUAUUUUUGAAACGAUCAUCAGAACCCCUGCUGAAUCUGCAGAAUGCUGCACAGCAGAGAUCAACUUUCGCGCAACAAUUGGCUCCAAUACAAGAGCCUUCUUCGCAACAGCACCAGACUCUCAUCAUUGAGGAGUUUGAGCCUGAUGUGUUUCGUCAACUGAUUGAGUACAUUCAUACUGGAUGCGUGACUCUACAGCCUCGAACACUUCUAGGUGUAAUGAACGCCGCAGACUACUACGGACUGGAUGAGCUUCGUCGCGCCUGCGCAGGUUUUGUGCAGUGCUGCAUCACGGUUGACACUGUCUGUGCUCUACUCGCCUCUGCUGAGAGAUACAUCCAGUACAAGUGCACCAAGUCAUUGGUGCAGAAGGUACUUGAAUUUGUGGACGAACACGGCAAUGAUGUGCUGAAUCUGGGCUCGUUUACUCUACUGCCGCAGCACGUUGUUCGGCUAAUACUGGCGAGAGAUGAACUUCGAGCUGAUGAGUUCACUAAGUUUCAGGCUGCCUUGAUGUGGAGCAAGAAAUAUUGCGACACCAAUCCUAACAUGAUCCUCAAGGAUGUCAUUGGAAAUUUCCUGGAAUACAUACAAUUCCAUAAGAUUCCCGCAAAUGUUCUGAUGAGGGAAGUGCAUCCGCUUGGAUUGGUGCCAUAUUCCAUCAUCAUGAAUGCUCUGGCGUAUCAGGCAGACCCGGCCAGCGUAGACCCAGGCAAACUCUCCCCGGCGCGAAUCCGGCGCGCUGGCCGCUCCAUGUCCGUUCAGUCCUCGCUCGACCCCUACGGCUCCAACACCACUCUCUCCUCCACCGGCUCGAGCGACGGCCCGUCGUCCGACUCGCGGCACAACUAACGCGAGGGGAACGUCCCCCGUCCCGAUCCCAUCCCCGGACCCUCCACUGCACCUACGCCUGCACCUGCACCUGCACCUGUAGACAAGCCUCCCGAAAAACUCGGUCUCUUCUCUUCCAUCAAGCGCGCUGCGAGC